CUCUCUCUCUCUCUCUCUCUCUCUCUGUUUUCUUCACGUGGUCCCUUCGUCGAUUGAAGUGCUCUCUCCUCUCAUCUUGUGGUCAAGUCACGUCUCUCGCCGUCUCCGUGUUUCUCCGUUCAAAGCAUCCUUCGUGUUCUCUGCAAUUUUUCUGAGGUUUUCAUUCUCUAGUAAUUUCAGACCAUGGAUUGCGAAAAGAAGUACCAGCAGGCUCCAGAGCCCAAAUACGAGUGCUUGUUAUUUGAUCUAGAUGACACUUUGUAUCCACUUAAUUCUGGUCUGUCAGUGCAGAUUACCAAGAACAUUCGAGAAUAUAUGGUGCACAAGCUUCAUAUCGAGGAGAGUGCAGUUCCUGAAUUGUGUCUAUCACUUUACAAGAAUUAUGGGACGACUAUGGCUGGUCUGAAGGCACUUGGAUAUAAUUUUGACUACGAUGACUUCCAUGGUUUUGUUCAUGGGACAUUGCCAUACAAUCUAUUGAAGCCUGACCCUGUGUUAAGACAUCUUUUACAUAGCCUUCCAAUCCGCAAGUUUAUAUUUACCAAUGCAGACAAAGCUCACGCAGCUAGAGUUCUUGCCAGGCUUGGUUUGGAGGACUGCUUUGAUGGGAUUAUAUGCUUUGAGACUCUAAAUCCUACCAACAAAAGUAGCGCUUCACCUGAUGAGAAAGACAAUAAUUUGGGAUGCGCUCAAACGGGGCCUGUUUCCCUCGGUGAAGCUGCUCUUGUUGGUGCUUGUUCUGGCGGCGUCAAUGCGGAUGUGAUGCUUCCUAAAAGUCCAGUUGUUUGCAAGCCAUUUGAGGAGGCAUUUGAACAAGCUUUUAAGAUACUUAACAUUAACUCUCAGAGAACGGUGUUCUUUGAGGAUAGUGUCCGCAACUUACAGACCGGGAAACAGAUGGGUCUCCAUACUGUGCUGGUUGGCACGGCUCACCGAACCAAGGGGGUCGACUAUGCAUUAGAGAGCAUCCAUAAUAUCCGGGAGGCGCUGCCAGAACUCUGGGAAGCAGACAUGAAGUCUGAAAGCGUUAAGUAUUCAGGGGAGGUUGCUAUCGAGACAUCAGUGAAAGCCUAGUUGUUACGAGAUGAUCGUUGGACGAUGUUAAGGCCUGUGUCCAAACCCUCCCUCACUUGCAGGUGCACUGUGAUUGCAUCUCUCUAACCACUUGUCUUUGUAAGGAAAAUAAAAGAGAGUCGACUGUUUUUCUCUCCCAUAAUUCGAGGUAAUUGUUAAUUGAUCGUUCUUCAUGAG